CCUCUGCGGUUUUACGUGCCUGGAGGACCAGGCGGAACUUUUCGUUCCCAGAAUUCCACAGAGGAAGAACUUGGCCGUGUUCGUGUAGAACCGCACAGUUAAACCUGCGCUCUCCUGUUUCCAGAACACCGCCAUACUACAGAUUAUACCGCGGCGUCCUGUUAAAGCGCAUUAACCCGUUUUAUCUGCCCUCUAACGUUCCUUUCGUAGCUUGUUUACAUCGACUCUCUAGUGGCUAACAAGCUAACCAGGCACUUGCUAGCUGCUUCCGUCGCACAGUGACGCACGGCACACUUUGAUGACGUAAACGUGCGGGUUAAUGUAAAUGUUUAAAUGCUUGUACUAGUUGCUAACUUGUUACGGGGUCGCCAGUUUAUUACGGUACGUUUUAGAAAGUCCUGAUCCACAAAAUAUCAAAGUAAAAACGACAAUUUAGUCGCUGCUGCAGCUGUGAUUCCGACGUCAUCACCCCGCGACGAGAUUUUCGACCAAUCUGAAGUCAGAACUGGCCUUCUCGGGUUUUAUUGUGGGGGAAAACAGGGGGUCGGCGUCUGUAUCUCGGGCGUGGGGAUCUGUUAUGGUGAAUUUGUGCAUAAUAAAUAGGUUUGGUUUACUGUUUAUAAACGGAAUGUGUAUUAGAGUCACUGAAGCCUCUUUAGAAAACUGUGCGACUCAGUUAAUGAUUAAUCGGGCGCUUGAAUAACGUUACCCGUUACCGGAAUUCUGAAUGGGUUGACAGCGUUGUGUAUUGCAUCGCGGUAGCAUAUUUAAAAUAAUAAUAAUAACAACAACAGAACCGAUCUCGAGUAAACAGACGGAUUGACCGGAUUUCGCGAUGAACUCGAAGCGAAACAAUGCGGGUGAAAAUGGAGGAGGAGGAGGACGCAUGAACCCGGCAAGCGAAACCGGAACGCACCGGAAACCCAGCAGCGCGAGCUCUCCCGGUAAAGCCGGAGCGCGAGCGGACAGGGGCGAGCACGCGCACGACAGCAGGAGCACCGUGUCUGUCUCCUCACUCAGGUCCCGCCUCGGUCCCACUAUCAGGUCCGCUCUGUCCUCUGCAGUGGAGACGCUGCUGGGCGAGAUCGCGGCGGUGAUGUCGGAAACCGAGGACGAGCUGCUGUCCAAAGAGCGCGAGAACGAGAGGCUGAAGGCGCGACUGGACGCCUCUGAGCGCGAGCUGAAGACGCUGCAGGAGUGCCUGUGCAGCGCUCAGAAGCUGAUCGAUCAGCUGCAGGGUCCGUUCAGCAGCCAUCCUCCUCCUCUUCCUCCUCCCAUGUCCGGGCAGCACGGUUACACCAACCCGGCUCCGCCCACCAACGCAGGUCGCCUGACGCACCGUGGGGCAGGAGACGAUGCCGACCCACGCUGCUUCGCCAACAGCGAGGCAGAGUUGAGCGGCGCGCUCGGAGACGCCAUCCACGGCUUCGAGGCCAGGGACGAGUUCAAAAGCUGCCACCUGUCCAUCCAGGCGGACGGCACCGUCACCAACAGCUACUAUGACCCCAUGGCCGUGCACACCGCCGGCAUGUGCCACGACGUCAACAGGGCAGGUGAGAUGAGUGAUCGACGGCUGUCUCACCCUCCCUCGCACUCUCCCUACGGGGUGAAGGAGGAACAGACUCCAACUUCAGGGCCGGUGCGUGUCCGAGGCGACGCCGAACACGGUGGCCAGAGCGAGUGUGACCAGGGUUACUCCCACGUGGUGGAGGAGCAGGGCGUUCCGCGUUCCCGGCGACACACCGCUAAACACGCUCCCUCUUCCGGCUCGCAUAACGGCCCUUCUUCCUCCGUUGGAACGCCUCCGCAGGGGCCGUCCGGUCUCCGCACCUCCUCCAGAGUCGUGUCCGCAGCGCCCUCUAGGCAGAGCCCCGGUACGAGCGACUCCUCCCCUGACGCCCGGCGGCGUCGACGCCCGCCCUCGGAGCUGAUGGGCGAGGUGGCCGGCGACCGACCGCACCUCUGCCUGGAGUGCGGCAAGACGUUCCGGCUGCUCUCGAGCCUGAAGAAGCACCUGCGCAUCCACACGGGAGAGAAGCCGUACCCAUGCAGCGUGUGCGGACGGCGAUUCCGCGAAUCCGGCGCGCUCAAGACGCACCUGCGCAUCCACACGGGCGAGAAGCCGUACGCGUGCAGUGAGUGCGGCGCACGCUUCCGUCACCUGGACGGCCUGCGCAAGCACGGACGCACGCACACGGGCGAGAAGCCGUACGCCUGCGGUGUGUGCGGGAAACGCCUCAGCCGCCUGCAGCACCUCAAACACCAUCAGCGCAUCCACACGGGCGAGCGGCCGUGCCGAUGCCCUCUGUGCCAGCGCUCGUUCCAGGACGCCGCUAGCCUCAGGAAGCACCUGGUCAGCGUGCACCAGGGAGAACCGGGCGCCGAGGAAGCCCACGAGAGGCUGGCGGCCACCGACCUCGGCGAACACGAGAUCCAGGGCUCCGUAGAGGACGAGGAGAUGCGGUUCGAGAUGUGGGAGGAGGAGCGCGAGGAAGGCGACGCCGCCGUGGACUGCGUGUAGAACUGAUUCGGAAAAUUGCCCGAGAGUUAGAAUUGGAUUUAUUGAUUCUUACGAGAAAUUGAACAUCCGCCAUGUCGGAGAAAUCCGAAUGAAACUAGUCCUAAUGAAACGAUCCCGGCUUUCCGGAGCACGUACGCAGAGCAACGAUGUAUUAUAACCCGCUGACCUGAAGCUUGAACGUGGACGAAAGGACUGAUGCUUUUGGAGGGCGGUUCGCUUGUUGCAACGCGGACGUCACGUCGUCAGAACGUAUUUCCGUCAUCAGUAUUUCCACAAACGGACUUCCUGCUUUUCCGGACGCUCUGUGUGUCACGUUCCUGGUUCGCCGUUGUAGUUAGUAAUAAUGUAAUAUAGGUACUGUGGGGAAUAGGACUGUGACCAUCGUGGACAUCAUUAAGAGUUCUCUCGCUCUUCCUCUUAUGCACACACACACACACACACACACACACACAGAGGCGCGUGCAUAAAUCAGCUGGGGAAAAAAUUAAAGCUUGCUUUUUAAAAAAAAAAAAAGAAAGAAAAAAAGCUGUGCAUCCAUAUAAACAAACUUCACUUUCGCAAUAAAUAUAUAAGUUUACUUUUCACAAUAUUUUAUUUAAAGCUCCAGUUUGCAAUUUACAAAUCAUAAUAUUUUUUCAAUGCUUUUCAGAAACUGUGAUUUCGCUCCCAACGAAUUGCUUCGUUUCAGUUCAUUUGCAUGUACGUUUUUCUGGCCCUGAAAUCCUGCUCGGCUUUUUGUCCUUCAUCGGCGACUCAAAACAAAAGCAUUUGUGAUUUUCACAAAGGAGGUGAAGUCAGUUAUGAGGAACGGGGUAAAGAAUGUCAGCGGAGGGAUAUAUUAUGAAAAUUACAUACCGCUGCUUUAAAAAGUUGAUAACCGCUAAAAAAUGAUUCGUUGGUUGGAGCGACAGUUAACGUUCAGUAAUCAAUAGCAGCUGAUGAUAAUUCAUGAUCAGUUUAGCACAAAUAAUAAAUCUCAUUGUCGCAGUUUUAUUUUUUUUUUAAACAAAAAUUUUUAAGUCGAGAUGUGUUAACGAUCGUAUUCGUCUCCAGUGCGAAAGUAAAAGUGCAAACGUCUGGACUUCCGACCAUGUCACUUGACUGAUUGGCUGCGUUUCCACCCGAAAACAUAACUGAAACAACUGCAGUAAACAAAAUCUUCAGAGACAAGAAACGGAAAGGAAACACACACACACACACACACACACACACACACAUAUAUAUAUAUAU